CGUUCCGGAGCAGAGCGCGAAUAGCGCCAGUGUACUCUGGGCCAUCGCAAUUGCCUGGCCGAAGCCGUAACGACGCGAAAGUAUAACGCGGGUCAAACAAUAAGAACGGGCAGAUAAGCAACUCGGCAUAGUGCAAUAAUCAAUAAACGUGCUACUCAAACAACACUUCUCCCAAUACAAGUUUAUGGCUUGAUUAGAUCUCAGUUGAUUGUGAAAUUCCUGCUAAAAAAGAGAAUAGCUUCCUUGUUGCUUUUUUUUUCGAUGUAACGGUCUCGUUCAGGCGCCCCCAGAAACGAAUAUUCGUAUAUUUUCCAACUUGCAGUUUCCCCCAAAUACUGGGGGUGGUUUUCCCGCAGUGUGCCCUCAGUGUUUGUGCGCGUCCGUGGAGCAGCGCAAAAGAGGAAGAAAAAUCCAUGAAUACAAGAGUCGAGUGCGCUAACCGUUGGCUACACUCGUACUCGUACGUGAAAAAUAACCGUUGUUACCCUUGCCGCAACCGCAAAUUUCCAUUUAGCCAAGGAACGUGAAAAUGUCUCUGGAGGAUCCGUUUUUCGUAGUCAAGGACGAGGUAUUCAAAGCUCUGAACAAAACACGAGGCCUUUACCUGCGUUGGCGCGAGCUGGGGGAAGACGGUGGAGCGGAGGUUGAAUGGACCACUACCGAGCUGCGUAACUCGCUGCGGAGCAUCGAAUGGGAUCUCGAGGACCUCGAGGACACUAUCAGCAUUGUCGAGAAGAAUCCGACCAAGUUUCGGAUCGACAACCGGGAACUCUCCAGCCGGCGCCACUUCAUCGACAACACCCGCGAUGAGGUCAAGCAGAUGAAGGAUAAGAUGAGCCUGAACCGGAACAGGGACAGAGACAUAACCGCACAUCAGCCGCUCCUCGACAACGAUCGCAAUAACCCCAAUCAGAAUCAACCAAAUCAUCACAACAUCUCUAGUUCCAAUACCAAUACGAACACCAACUCAAAUGAGUACCAUCUCCAUCCGCACAACGAUCGCACUUACCUGGUGGAGUGCCCCAGCGCCUUGAACGGCAACUCAUUGAUCAACAGCGGCAGUCAGGCGGUGGCCAAUACCAUUGCCGGCACCAUGUCAGCAGCGGCAGCAGCUGCCUCCCGCCACAGCGGAACCAAGUACUCGAAGCUGGAGAAUGCCCUGGACAGUCCCAGUCACUAUGGGCAGCCGCAUCAAGCCAGCAGCCUGGACAGUCCCGGUCACAGAUAUGUGGGCGAGACGGUGUCCAUACAGCAGCGCAUGAUCCAGGGCCAGGACGAGCAGCUCGACAUGAUCAGUGAUUCCAUUGGCACCCUGAAGACAGUGUCGCGACAGAUCGGCGUCGAAUUGGAUGAGCAGGCUGUGAUGUUGGAUGACUUUGGGAACGAAUUCGACACAACCGAGUCCAAGCUGGACACGACCAUGAAGAAGGUUGCCAAAGUAUUGCACAUGAAUAAUGAUAAACGUCAGUGGGCUGCCAUUCUAAUCCUAACCGGGCUGUUAUUGUUUGUGAUAAUUCUAUUUAUUAUUUUGUAAUUGCUUUCGUUUGUUUCCAAGUCACUUAUUCUUUAUUGUAUUUAGUGUAAAUUAGUUUUAUUAGUUAAUGCUUUGGGUAGAAUUUUGAAAGUAAACUCUCUAUUUUAUAUUCAAACAAACUAUCAGCAGAAUCCAAGUAAACUCCCUUGCUGUACAUACACGUACCACUUUUAAAUCAAAGUGUACAUGCCUCCACAUUUAAAUAUAUAUAUUUAACAUGCAAAUAGUAUACUGAAUACUUGUGCGUAUCCAAAGUUAAAGACAAAGACCGAACCGAACGAUGAUCAUGUAAUAAAAAAUAACUCUAUAUACAUACGAUAUAAACAUAUAUACGAAUUAAACAAGAAUUUCCUGUCUGUAAUUUCCCCGAUUUGGCCAAAGGAACAUGUACAUACAUCGAAGAAUAUAUCGUUUAUACACCACACACAAACAUACAUACAUAUA